UAUUCAGAUUCAGAAAAUAAAAAAGGUGAUAAGAAAUUAAGCGAUGAAGAGUUAACUGAUGAUGAAUUGGAUGAAGAAUUAAACAAUGAAAAACUAAAUAAUAAAUUACCUGAUAUUGAUGAUAAUAAUAUUAAUUUGAAUAGGUUGAAUGAAUUAGAGUUUGUAGAUAUUUCUGACAAUGAUAUUGAAGAUAAAAUCUAUAAUGAAUUAAAAUUAGAA